AUGACUGAUAAAUACACUUAUAUGGAAGGCGUCGACACCAGCGCCGCCGUGACAGCCGCAGGUUCAAGGGCGUCGCGGAACGGCGCCGAGCCUGCGGAGAAUGAACCAUCCGCCGGCGGCAUUCUUCGGAAUGACGGCGCAGCGGUAGAAGCGCAAAAGGCUACUGAGAAGCCGGACCAGGUCCAUUUGAUGGCAACGCGUCCAAAUGGUGGAUGGAAGGCCUGGUUGCAGGUUUCUUGUGGCUUUUUUCUCUUCUUCAAUACCUAUGGUCUCAUCAACACCUUCGGAAUCUAUCAGACAUACUACACAGCUAAUUUUCAUUUUGAUCCCUCCCGCGCCUCUCUCAUUGGCGGCAUACAGACAUUUCUUGUCUUCUUUGCUAGCGGCGCUGGUGGCCCCUUGUAUGAUGCAGGCUAUACGCGUUUCCUCGUCACCGCAGGGGCAAUUCUCAUCGUCUUUGGGACCAUGAUGCAGAGCCUUUGCACAGAGUAUUGGCAGUUCAUCCUCGCCGAAUCAUUUUGCAUUGGGCUUGGCGGGGGCCUGACGUCCUUCUUGGGGCCGGCUGUUCUGUCGACCUACUUUACAUCUCGGUAUCCCUUGACAGUGGGAAUUGCAGCUUCGGGGACAGGCAUUGGCGGCAUUAUCCUGCCUAUUGUAUUCCGCGAACUCCAACCAAAGAUAGGCUUCCCAUGGACCGUCCGUGUUAUCGGCUUUAUCCUUUUUGCCACGCUUAUGCUUCCAGUAUUUUUUCUCCGACCACGCUUGAUCCCUGGUGCUGGCCGCAAAGCUAUCGACAAGACCGCCUUCACUGACUGGCCAUUUGCCGUCUUUUUAAUUGGUAACUUCAUUUACCUCCUUGGAGGUUUCACGCCCUUUUUCUACAUCCAAGUAUAUGCUGUUGAGAAAAAUAUUGCCGACGCAAGUCUCAGCUUCUACAUUAUUUCCAUCAUGAACGCCGUAUCGGCUAUAGGGCGUAUCCUGCCAAACUUUCUCAGCCCGUACACCGGCCCCUUUAACAUGCUUAUAUUUACAAGUAUCCUGACGUUUGUCUUUGCGUUUGCGUUCGAAGGCGCACAGAGUGUCGGCUCGCUUAUUGUCGUGAGUGCCCUCUACGGAGGUGCUACCGGCUUGUUUUUUGCGUUGCAGCCGGUUGUGGUGAUUGGACUUAGUCCCAACCCUAAGCUUACUGGGACGCGGGUGGGAAUGGCGUUUUGCUUCUUGUCGUUUGCCGUGCUCGCCAGUAACCCUAUUGCUGGUGCUAUUCAGACUGCGGGAGGCUUCUCAGGGGUCUGGAUCUGGACAGGCGUUGUUACCGCUGUUGGCACGGCUAUUAUGUUUGCAGCGCGCCUAAUAAAGACCGAAGUAAGUGUUAUCUUCAGCGCUGUCAUGGGUUCGUUUCUGUUAAAUAAGAAGCUGGGCCCUGUCGGCAGAUCAGGCAUCGCGCUUUGUCUGCUCGGCGCAGCUCUUGUCAUCAUUUAUGUGCCUGCAGAGUAA